UUCGACCGCCAGCCACCAUCGACGGGCGACGCGCCGUUGACCCCUGCCCGCCCCGCGUCGGCCCCGCGCCGUCGACGCCGGCCCGGCGCGCGACAUCGACGCCCGUCCCGCGCCAUCGGCCCCUGCUCGCCCAGCGUCGGCCCCGGGCCGUCGACGCGCCGCCCGGCCCGCCGGCUCACCGCCCCACGCCGGUCCUGACGUUCUCCACCCGCAGUCCGCCGUCGACGCAUUUGUCAGAUCCGCAGCUCCGGCAUCAUCCCGGCAUUUGUUCUUCCCCAACAGCACAUCGUGACCUGGUAGGGCAUCGUCGCCAUCGUCCUCCGGCGGCGAUGAAGCCCUCAGUUUGUCCUUCUUGGAUUGAUCCUGGCAAUGCGCUUAGAUUUCUUGUUAGGGUUGCUAAGUAUGUUGCGAAUCUAGAGUAUGGAAUGCUACCAAUGUCAGAGCAAGACUAUGAUUGGUGGGUUGAUAUUAGCAGUGGGUAUAAUUUGGAUAAAUUUCAUGAUGAAAUGGCUAGCAAGAUAAUCUGGGGGCCAAGCCAAGAAAUUAGAGUUUGGGGUUUGGACACUGAAAUUGGCACUGAAUGUAAGUUGACAACCAAUGAAGAAUUUGGCCAGUGGAUGAAUUCUAUGUUGGAUGAUAAGCUGGUAGAGUUUGGUGUUGAAGUUAUUUAUAAAAAGGGAUAUGAACCUAUUGAAGGCAUUGCAAAUCCAGUUGAUUCAGCUAUUCAAGGUGUCUCUGGUGUGGUAACUGCAGAUCCAAUUGAUCAGUCAAGUGCUCAAGUUCUCUCUGCUAUGAUUAGUGCUGAAGUUUCUUCUCCUGGUCAUGAAGAAGGGACGGGUGAUACCUCUAGCCAUCCACAAAAUGCAGAAGAGGCUAAUGCUGUUGUAGAUUGGAGUAAGUUGGCUAUACUUGUUGAACCUGAGCAAGAUUGUGAUGUUAAUUUAUUGUUGGAUGAGGAUCAAGUUUUUGAGGCCAUGGGCUUCAAAGCAGCAGAUCAGAGAGCAGCAGCUGCUGCAGCAGCUAUGGAAGAAACUGCAAUUCCUAUUAUUCCAACCGAGAUUCAGCAAGACAUGUUAGAUGCAGCCAUUGUAGUGGACGAUGAAGUACCCAUUGAUGUGUUGGAUUGGGACAGGGAUGACCCAGAUAUGUCAGUGGGGACAUUUUACCCUUCUAUGGAUGAGUUCAGAAUGGCAGUGAAGCAAUAUGCCAUUGUUCAUGAGUUUGAACUAGAGACUGAAAAGUCUGACAAAGAAAGGUUUAGAGGGAAAUGCCAUGCAAUUGGUUGCCCAUGGAUAAUUAGAGCAAAGACCCAACCUAAUAAGAGUGUCAGGGUCCAAAUAAACAAAUAUGAUCACAAGUGUGCUUCAAGAAGCAGAGUUCGUGGAAGGAUGGCAUCUCAAGCUUGGGUUGCUGAGAGGGCAAUUCCAUUUCUCAACAAGAAGAAUGGGAUGGGUCCAAAGGAACUUCAGAAGGAGCUGCAGGACACCUACAAGAUAACCAUACCUUAUCAUACAGUUUAUCAUGGUAGGAAGAGGGCAACAGACAAGUUAUUUGGUAAGUGGUCUGAUUCAUUUGAUUGGUUGUAUAGGUUCAAGGCAGAGGUGGAAAUGAGGUCCCCAGGUAGUGUAGUUGAGAUAGACACAGUUAAAGUUGGAGAUAAGGUUCACUUCAAUAGAUUCUUUUGUGCAUUUAAAGCAUCAAUUGAUGGUUUCUUAGGGGGCUGUAGACCCUACAUUAGCAUAGAUUCUACUGCCCUUAAUGGAUAUUGGAAUGGACACAUGCCUGCAGCCAAUGCAUUAGAUGGACACAAUUGGAUGUUUCCUUUGGCAUUUGGUUUUUUUGAUUCAGAGACCAAAGAGAACUGGGUUUGGUUUAUGGAGCAGCUAGCCAAUGCAAUUGGUCCAGUUCCAAAAUUAGCUAUCCACACUGAUGCAUGUAAAGGGUUGGAAACUGCAGUUCACAAGGUAUUUCCAUGGCAGAACAGAGGGAGUGUAUGAGGCAUUUGAUGGAGAACAUGAAGAAAUUAUUUCAUGGGUCUAUCUAUGCGAGGAAGAUGUGGCCUGCAGCUAAGACUUACAUGCUUGAGAAGCAUGACAAGUGGAUGGAUGAAGUGACAACAGCUAGUCCAGAGGUGAAACAAUGGCUUAAAGAAUAUCACAACCUACUGUGGGCCAGAAGCAAGUUUGAUUGUGCUAUAAAGUGUGACUACAUCAACAAUAACCUGGCAGAGUCAUGGAACAGUUGGAUCAAAGACUUGAAGGAUUUGCCUGUUGAUGCUCUUGCAGAUGCCAUUAGGGAGAAAACUUUGAUCUUGUUUGAGAAGAGGAGGAGGAUCUCUACAGCUCUCAAUGGAGUGAUUCUUCCUGUUGUCAUCCAUCAGUUGAAUGAAGCCUCAAGAGGUUUAGGCCAUCUGAAGGUUACUAAAGGAAAUCCUGACCAAGCAGAAGUUACAGAGACAUACAAGGAUGAGGAAGUGACUAGGCAUGUGGUGUACCUUGAUAAGUGGACAUGUACAUGCAGGGAAUGGCAGGUCACUGGGAAGCCCUGCCCACAUGCAUUGGCACUGAUCACAACAAUUAGGCAGCCAAAUAUGGAGAAAUAUGUUGACACAGCUUACUCUGUGCACAGAUUUCAGGCAGCAUAUGCAAGUGUUAUCCCUAACAUCACAGACAAGAAGCAGUGGCCAAAAGUUGAUAAAGGUUUCAAGCUCCUGCCACCCGUUCCCAAGAAGAGAGGAGUGGGUAGGCAGAGAAAGAAUAGGAUCCCAUCUGCUCUUGAAAAGGGCAAAGGAAAGGCCACAAGGCAAGUUCAAUGUCCAGACUGCCAACGGUUUGGACAUAGGAAGGGUAGUGUAAGAUGUGAACUGACUGGAACUAGGAAGAGGAAGAAAAACAACAAGACAAAAACAAAUGUGGGAAGGAAGAAAGCAAAGGGUGCCAUUGAUGCCCAAGCUGCUGCAGUUGAUGUUCAAGCGAAUACGCCAAGAACAAGAGCUGCUGCAGUUGAUGUUCAAGCGAAUACACCAAGAACAAGAUCAGCUGUAGCAAAAGAAGCAGCUGCAGAAUCACAAGUGCAUGCAACACAAACAAGCAGUCCUGGACCAAUCACUAGGAGGAGGCUGGCAUUAGAGGUUGGUCAAAGCUCCGUUGAAGUAGCACUUGUACCCGUGCAGGUGCAAGCGGCAGUACAGCCAACCAAGAAAUUCACACCAAGGAAAAAACUAGCUAGCAAGCCAAAAAGGGCAUCACCACCAAAGCUUCUGAAAUAAAAUGUGUCAAUCUGCUAUCAAUCUGCAAGUAUUUUGCUAUGUAUGGCUGAAAUGCGUCAAUCUGCAAGUAUUUUGCUAUUUAUGUCUGAAAUCGUCAAUCUCGAAGUAAUAUGAACUUCUAAUGUGCAUGGCCUGAUGAUGUAUUUUUGCUUUUGUAAUGAUAUAUGCCAUGAUGAACCUGUUAUAUGGCACCGACCAUUGUAUGGUCUGAUGGCCCUGAUGGACCUGUUAUAUGUAUAGACCAAUGUAUGGUCUGAUGGACCUGUUAUGCAUGGCCUGCUUUUGUAAUGAUGUGUGGCCUACAAUGAACCUAUGAAUUGUAUGGUUGAUGAAUUAAGAUAUUUGGAUGGGACGUGAUGAAUUAAGGCACUUCUGCUA